AUCGUUACUGUUUUAACUUUACCAAAUUGUUGCUUCUAUAUAACAAGCACCUGCUGCCUUUUCCGUUCAUUUCUGAUUGAGAGAUUGAAGGGUUGAAAGAUGGGAUAUCACCAUGUCCUGGCUUUGUACCUAUUGUUAUGUGUUGUUCCUGUUUCCCUAGCACAAGAUAUCAAUUUGCCACUCAAAGCUGUGAAUCUUGGGAAUUGGCUUCUUAUAGAGGGUUGGAUGAAACCUCCUCUCUUUGAUGGAAUUCCGAACAAUGACCUUUUGGAUGGGACACAAGUUCAAUUCAAGUCCACAAAGCUGCAGAAGUAUCUUGCUGCAGAAAAUGGGGGUGGUUCUGGUUCCACUGUUGUUGUGAACCGCGAUUCAGCGUCUGGUUGGGAAACUUUUAGGUUGUGGAGGAUCGAUGAAUCGUCUUUCAAUUUUAGAGUGUUCAACAAGCAGUUUGUGGGAUUGUCAAACCGGGACGUUGUCGCAGUUUCAGAUUCACCAGGCAAUUCAGAAACAUUUCGGAUUGUAAGGAAAGAUGGUGAUCCAAAUAGAGUUUGUAUUCAAGCAUCCAAUGGUUUAUUUCUGCAGGCAACAUCCGAGACGCAGUUGACUGCAGAUUAUGGGGGCUCCGGUUGGGAAGACGAUAACCCAUCUGUCUUCAUAAUGACAAUAUUAAGUGACAAGACCUUGCGAGGUGAAUACCAAAUCACAAAUGGUUAUGGUCCAGACAGAGCUCCUCAAGUUUUGCAGGAUCACUGGAACAGUUACAUCACCGAAGAUGAUUUCAGAUUCUUGUCUUCAAACGGCUUGGAUGCGGUGAGGAUCCCGGUUGGAUGGUGGAUUGCAAAAGAUCCAUCACCACCUAAGCCUUUUGUUGGUGGCUCCUUGAAAGCCCUUGACAAUGCUUUCUCUUGGGCACAAAAUUACGGGAUGAAGGUGAUCGUCGAUCUACAUGCAGUUGAAGGUUCUCAAAACGGCAAUGAUCACAGUGCAACAAGAGAUGGCUAUCUUGAAUGGGGAAAUUCCAAAAUACAGGAUACUGUGGCAGUUAUAGAUUUCUUAGCUGCAAGAUACGCUAACCAUCCAGCUCUUGCUGCAAUUGAGUUAAUGAAUGAGCCUAUGGCACCAGGUGUUACUCUAGACAGCCUCAAAAACUAUUACAAAGCCGGUUAUGAUGCAGUAAGGAAGUACACUUCAAGGGCCUAUGUCGUCUUAUCGAACCGGUUAGGACCAGCUGAUGCAAAGGAGCUUCUCUCAUUUGCCCAAGGCCUCGAUCGUGUGGUCGUAGAUGUGCAUUACUACAGCCUCUAUUCAGACAUGUUCAACAGCUUCAGCGUGCAACAAAACAUCGAUUUCAUCCACAACCAACGAGCUUCGGAUCUCGAUACUGUGACCACUUCCAGUGGUGUACCCCUCACAUUUGUUGGGGAAUGGGUUGCCGAAUGGGCGAUAAAUGGAGCAUCAAAGGAAGAAUACCAGAGAUUUGCAAGUGCCCAAGUAGAUGUGUAUGGGCGUGCCACUUUUGGAUGGGCAUAUUGGGCUUAUAAGUGUCAAUACAACCAUUGGAGCCUCAAGUGGAUGAUUGAAAACAACUACAUUAACCUUAAUUAGGUUUUACAGAUUAUGAUAUAUAUAUAUAUAUAUAUAUAUAUAUAUAUUGAAACUCUAUUUUGUUUUUGAUAAAUAUAUUGGACCUCAAAUUGUACUACAGAAAAAGAAAUAAAAGGAAUAAAUGCAUUAGCUUUUUACUGA